UCAGGAUAUUGAAGAUACAGGACGCCCCGCUCACAGAUCAGCAAGCCGCGGCGCUGGGGCGGGCAGUCGGAAGCUGCGACCUGGACAAGCUGGAUUUGAGCCGGAGCAUCCAGAAUGACAUUGGCCUUGCAGCAUUUUGUGACGCAGUCUUGAGCGCCAGACCAUGGAGGCGGCUCAAGACGUUGUACAUGGAAAACGCUGCGAAUAUUUCGCGCGCUGGCGGCGGUGCUUUAGGAAAACUGCUUCUGGCAAAGGACCCUGAAGAAUUGUUUCUGAACGGUGGGCGCUUCGACCGUAAUGCGCUGCUCGCUUUGAAUGAAGCUCUGGCGGCGAACUGGUCUUCACAGAUGCGGCAUCUCCUCAUGCGGGACAUGAGCUUAGAUGACGGGGACCUGCAGAUAGUUGGAUCGCUGGUUUCCAGGAUGCCGCAUAUUGAAGGUUUGAACUUGGGCGGACGUAACAUCUUCGGCACAAAUACUGCGGGAAACAGCCUCUCCGGCUUCUACACCUGGGCCCCCUUGCUUGCAGCCCUGCAGCGCCGGCCUCCGUUGCGGCGUUUGGUUCUCGGCGGCCCUCCGCGGUUCUAUUUGGACCCAGUGAUGGUCAACAUCAUGUACGCGCUGCUGAACAUUACCUCCAUAGAAUUUUUGGACUUCAACGGCUUCUACCUGGACUCUUCCGUGCACGUGGCGUGGCGCAAUGCUCUCGCCUGGCCCAACAGGA